AUGUUUGGAGAGGGUCGAGAGGAAGCCACCAGGCUAUACGUCCCUCCGCUUCUCGAAGAUGAAGAACGAUUCGCUUCCGAGGCUUCCGAAGAUCUACCUCCGCCCGAUGUCGAGGCAGGCAGCGCACUACCCGUCUGGUUACGGGAGUCGUCAAAGACUUUCCGCUGGGGAUGGGUACCAUUACCGCUGCGAAAAGUCGGUCGCGCGACCGCCAAUUGGGUCAAAGGCCCCGACCCGCCUCACAUGCUUCUGUUGAAACCACUGUUUCCCCGAGUCCAGGAACUUCCCGUCCAAUACCUCGACCGUCUGCUGCCCAAGCGCAAAUACAAGACUUUAUUAUUACUGCUGCUAUAUGUAGCGUGGUUCUUGCCUUGGUUUUUGAUUUUGCUGCAUUCGCGUUCUUCUGGUUAUAUUGAAGGGUAUGGUCAGCCCCAGACACUGUCAUGCUCGACGAAUUUUUGGGAGUUCGAUAAUGGGUGUGGAAUUAAUGGAAACGAGUGUCGUCCGUUCUCCUCCUCGACUAUUCCUUUCCGAUGUCCUGCGAAUUGCCGCGACACUAAAUUGUUGGAGCCGCAUGUCGUGGGUAACCAGACAUACAACUACCAAGGAUUGGUAGUUGGAGGGCCACAGCCGGGUUCAUCUGAACCUGCCCUCUACCGCGCAGAUAGCUUUGUCUGCCAGGCUGCAAUCCAUGUCGGUGCGAUCUCGAACGAUGGCGGAUGCGGUGUUGUUAAGCUUGAGGGCGCAGCACAUUCUUUCCCGUCAGUGAAGCAACACGGCAUCCUUUCUGUCGGAUUUUCGUCGACCUUCCCCAAAGCUUUCAGCUUCGUCCAGUUAUCCUCGGCGCAGACCAGCUGCCCGUCUGAUCCACGUUGGACACUACUUGGAAUCACCGCCGCUGCCGUCGGCACUCUAUGGCUUUUCUGUACAUCGUCUCCCGUGUUGUUCUUCAGUACAUUUUUCAUGGUAUUCUGCCACACAGGACUCGUUGGAGAUCCGCCCUCAUAUCCUUUCUUGACCGACCUUGUCUCCGCUCUGCUAUCUCGGCUGUUGCCAGCGUCAUUUGUCGUCUACGUACUUCACAAAUUUUGUGCCGCGCCACUUCUGCAACCAAUCUCCUCCCCCAUUUACCAGUUUUCCAAGAUGUUCCUCUACUUACCACCGCUUUUCAUUGGAGCUUUGAACAACUAUACCUUUGCACGUUUGAUUCCACUGCAGCGUCUGACCCCGAUGGACAUCCAGAAACAACCUGGGGCAAAGCUGGCGUUGGCUUUUGUCAUCCCGGUUGUGAUCACAGUCAUUCUGAGCCAGGCGUGGCAAAUUCGCCAGGGUGGUCUACUCCCACGGUAUCUGAAGAUCUACUGCACGAUGGGGGUCAUCAUUUUAAUCUUGCUGCCUCUCCCUGGUCUUCGGCUGAGGAUCCAUCACUAUAUCCUUGCCAUUCUGCUCAUGCCAGGCACGGCCUUUCCUACUCGUCCCUCGCUUAUUUAUCAGGGCUUGCUGCUGGGUCUCUUUAUCAACGGUGUUGCCCGUUGGGGCUUCGCCUCCAUUAUUGAGACCCCAGCGGCCCUGGGAGAGCAAGCGCCGAGCGGAGAUGGUAUUCACGGCUGGUGGGGUGCUACCUAUCCCAAUGUUACGGAUACAUCUGUACAGAUUUCCUUGCCAGAGCCAGGUUCGAACUACACCCACCACGGCAAUGGUAACAUCACAUUUGCACUGUGGGAGCAUGAGCGUAUGUCAGCUCUCGCCGUUGAUGGCAUAUCGGUCCUUCUCAACGAUGUUGAACGUUGGCGUGGUUAUCUCGAUGAGGACAAACGCGGAGAAUUUACCUGGCAUCGCCAUGGGCAUAACGGGCUGGAGCUACAGAAAAACCCUCGCCUGGUCACUGGUGCAGACACAAGCAUCGAGACACAAGGGGUUCUGUUGGCCGAUAGUGAUCCUGACGAUGAGCCCGAAGAUGUAUUCUUCCGGUUCGCUUUUUUGAGAGGCUCUGAGGCUGGCAGGUACGGCCCGGCAGGAGUCUGGCUGAGUGACGGUGCGUGGUAUCCCCCUGCGCGUCCCAAGGCAUGA